CUCAGCUUGGACGUUUUCUCAUCGGAGAACAACAAGCUUUUCAACAGGAAAAAAAACAAUCGUCGUUCUUCUUCUUUCUUUCUUUUUUUUCAUUUUCAUUUCUAUCAAAGUAGGCAAAUCCCGAUAGUCCAUACAGAGAGAAAACGGUACGCUUAUUGGUACGGAACUAGCAUUAAAAAAUGCAGGUUCUCUCACCGUCGUCGAGCAUGGCUCUCAAGUCCGCCUUAACCACGAGGUCACCAACUCCCACCAACCGAGUCCCCCCGAGCCAACUCGUCAUCCCAUGCGCCUACCGAUCCGACUCGGCCAACGCGGCCGCCAACUCCAACUUCCGCGGCGUCGGCCCGACCCGAGCCGACUGGCAGAGCGCGUGCGCCAUCCUGGCCAGCAAGGUGGUGUCGCAACAGAAGAACGACGACGCGACCGGAACCAACAUAACGGCCGUGAACGGCCACAAAACCCUGGAUCUCGUCCCGAUUGAGAACCUCCCCAAGGCGCUCACCAUCGCCGACCUCUCCCCGGCGCCGAUGCACGGCUCCACCCUGCGCGUGGCCUACCAGGGCGUGCCCGGCGCCUACAGCGAAGCCGCCGCCGGGAAAGCCUACCCGAACUGCGAGGCCAUCCCGUGCGACCAAUUCGAGGUCGCGUUCCAGUCCGUCGAGCUGUGGAUCGCUGAUAGAGCUGUUUUGCCCGUCGAGAACUCGCUCGGCGGGAGCAUUCAUCGGAACUACGACCUCCUCCUCCGUCACCGCCUCCACAUCGUCGGGGAAGUGCAACUCUCCGUCAACCACUGCCUCCUCGCCCUCCCAGGGGUCCGUAAGGAGUGCGUAAAACGCGUGAUCAGCCAUCCUCAGGCCUUAGCGCAGUGCGAGCACACCCUUACAAAACUCGAUUACAACGUGAUUCGCGAGGCCGUCGACGACACCGCGGGCGCGGCUGAGUUCGUGGCAGCGAACAACCUCCGCGACACGGCGGCGAUCGCGUCAUCGCGCGCCGCCGAUCUGUACGGCCUACAGAUCCUCUCAGAAGGUAUCCAGGACGACUCGAGCAACAUGACCCGGUUCGUAAUGCUGGCCCGAGACCCGAUCGUCCCCAGGACGGACCGGCCGUUCAAGACGAGCAUCGUGUUCGCCGGCAACGGCGGCAACGAGGACAGGGCCGGGACGGCGGUGCUGUUCAAGGUGCUGUCGGCGUUCGCGUUCAGGAACAUCAGCCUGACGAAGAUAGAGAGCCGGCCGCACCGUAACCAGCCGAUUCGAGUGGUGGACGACGUCGACGUGGGCACGGCGAAGCACUUCGAGUACCUCUUCUACAUCGAUUUUGAGGCGUCCAUGGCGGAGGUCAGGGCACAGAACGCUCUAGCGGAGGUUCAGGAGUUCACCUCUUUCCUGAGGGUGCUGGGGAGUUAUCCCAUGGACAUGACCCCGUGGUGUCCAGUAACAUAGCCAAAUUAGAGAUUUAAUUUCCCUCUCUUUAUGGUUACUGGAGUAUUUAUUUCUGGAUUUAUAUUUUUGUUUUUCUUUUGUUAUGUUCAGAUUUUUAAUCAAAAGACUGGCCCAAAUUGUUGGUUGGUAAAUAAUAUAAUUUGAAUGCAUGUCGGAUUGGAAUCAGAACUUUAAAUUAGGGGUGGCGAAUAUGUGUAGUUAAUUAGCGAGCGAUAAAAAUUGUUAUCUCCGAAUUAGCCUCAACUUUAUGAAAUCUGGGGUGGGGUUUUGUUGUU